AUGAGGCCUGCUCUUGCUUUUCUUCCCCUUCUAUUUGUUUUCUUGUUUGCUGCUACUGCAGAAUCAAGGAAAGAUCCAGAGAAAUAUUGGAAAAUGGUCAUGAAAGAUGAGGAAAUGCCACAAGGAAUUCAAGGCCUUCUCCAAUUGACAUCUGAAAAUAAGCCCAAGAUGACUCCAGAGCAACUUGUUGAAGGUUCUAAGCUAAAAUGUGAGGAGCCUCUUGUUACAAACACGCAAAUUACCAUAGAAGAAAAAGGGUUCACAGAAAAUGUUGAUACCAAGCUUGGAUAUAAAAAUGAGGAGCCACAAGCAAACAGUGAGUUCGAACCAAGGCCAAGUGUUACUAACUACGAUGACUUUGAACCAAGGCCAAGUACUACCAAGUACAAUGACUUUAAACCAAGGCCAAGUACUACCAAGUACAAUGAUUUUGAACCAAGAUCAAGUGUUUCCAAGUAUAAUGACUUUGAACCAAGGCCAAGUACUACCAAGUAUAAUGAUUUUGAACCAAGAUCAAGUGUUUCCAAGUAUAAUGACUUUGAACCAAGGCCAAGUACUACCAAGUAUAAUGAUUUUGAACCAAGGUCAAGUACUACCAAAUAUAAUGACUUUGAACCAAGGCCAAGUACUACCAAGUAUAAUGAUUUUGAGCCAAGGCCAAGUACUACCCAGUAUAAUGAUUGA